ACGCUCUUCGAGUCAUUUUAUUUCUCUCCUUCCAACUAUCGAUGGCAGAGCGAUAGUUCACAGCGAUGAUGAGCCCUCGGUACUUCCUCCUCUUCCUUCCCUUUCUCCUCGCCUUCUCCAUCUUGCCGGACAGCACAUGUGCCGCCGGUACCAUCAUCUUCACCACCCUCGGCCGUAGCCGCUACAACUUCGAUAUCUUCUCCCUCCCCAUCGCAUCCUCCUCCUCUCGCCGCCGCCCCAUCGCCGUCGAUCGCCACGGCGAGCAUCGGCUCACCGACGGCGUCUCUGUCAACUUCAACGGAUACUUCCCCUCUCUCGCCUCCUCUUCCUUCCUCUCCUCGCUCCUCCCUUCAUCUUCUUCCUCCGUUGAUUCCCUUCUCUACAUCUCCGAGCGCAACGGCUCCUCCACCAUCUACCUCGAUCUCUUCCUCGCCUCCUCCUCUCCGUCCACUCGAAGAGACGCCCUUGAGUUGCAGACCCGCCUCCAAUUUCCUCUGGUUACGGCCCCCGACGACGCCGCCGCCGAAUCCGACCCUAAUGUCUCCAUGAAGGACCGGCCGUCUCUAUCCGGCGACCUCCUCGUCUACGUCUCAACCCACCAGCCCAAUCCUUCCCCCAGGCAGAGCUGGGCGGCCGUCUACUCCACACACCUCCCCACUGGCCGCACCCGCCGCCUCACCCCCUCGGGCAUCGCCGACUUCAGCCCCGCGGUCUCCGCCUCAGGCGCCUGGACCGCCGUCGCAUCGUAUGGCGCCGCGGGGUGGCCGGGGGACGUCGAGGAGCUUCGCACGGCCAUCUACGUCUUCCGGACCGAGGACGGGUCCGGAAGGACUCUGGUCGUCGACCAUGGCGGCUGGCCAUGCUGGGCCGACGAGUCCACUCUCUACUUCCACCGCCGGGGCUCCGACGGAUGGUGGAGCAUCUACCGCGCCACCAUCAGUGUCGGAACGACCACGGUGUCCCUGGAAUCCGUGGUCCGGAUCACACCUGCUGGUUUCCAUGCUUUCACUCCGGCGACGUCCGCCGGUGCUCCGGGAAUUAUAGCUGUCGCGACGAGGAGGCAAACGUCCAACUACAGGCACAUCGAGCUGAUCGACAUGAGGAGCGGAACGAAUGCUUAUGUGGAGGUGACACGGCCGGUCACGCCGUACUCCCACAACUACAACCCCUUCAUCUCCCCCGAGGGAUCCCAAGUCGGCUACCACCGAUGCAGGGGUAGCGGCAAUGGCAGUCCCUCCUUGUUGCUGGAGAACAUAAAGAGCUCGUAUCCGGAGGCCUUCUCGCUCUUAAGAGUCGAUGGCUCGUUCCCAUCCUUCUCGCCCGAUGGAGAACGGAUUGCUUAUGUCAAGCUGCCGGGGCUUUUCGUGGUGAACUCCGACGGCUCAGGCGGGCCGCGGGAGGUUUUCUCUGGCAUCGCUUUCCCGACGGCGUGGGACUGGAAGAGGAAGGGGACCAUCUACACUAGUUAUGGCCCCGACUUCGCUGCCGAGGGUACCCAAGUGGACAUCAUUUCCAUCACGCUGCCCGACGAAGACGACGACGAUGCUGGGAAUGCACAGCCAUCGAUCAAGAAGCUGACGACGGGGGGCGCGAACAACGCGUUCCCUUCCCCUUCCCCCAACGGCAAAUGGGUGGUCUUCCGCUCGGGGCGCUCCGGGCACAAGAAUCUGUACAUCAUGGACGCGGUGGAGGGCGAGAGCGCGGGGAUCCACCGGCUGACCGAGGGGCCCUGGAGCGACACCAUGUGCAACUGGUCGCCGGACGGCGAGUGGAUUGCCUUCGCCUCCGACAGGGACAACCCGGGCGGCGGGAGCUUCGCCAUCUACAUGGUGCACCCAAACGGCACCGGGCUGAGGAGGGUGGUGCACAGCGGGAGCGGGGGAAGGACGAACCACCCCUGGUUCAGCCCCGACUCCAAGAGCCUGGUGUUCACGUCGGACUACGGGGCCGUGUCGGCGGAACCCAUCUCCAAUCCCCACCAUUACCAGCCGUACGGGGAGAUCUUCACCGUCGGAAUCGAUGGGUCGGACAUCCGACGCCUCACGCACAACUCCUUCGAGGAUGGGACUCCGACAUGGACGCCCUACUUCUUGGAGCCUGCUGAUGUUGCCGAAUCGCUACAAGGCAGUGCUUGGUGCGAAUUCGAUGAUUGCCACUGGCUCAACAUACAGGCCCAGCUGGACGAAGCCGCCCGGGGCACUUCUUGCUAACAAGGUAUCGUUCGGCGCACCCUUGUGAUACAUACAUAGCGUUUGGAAUGGUUGUAGUAAUUUGUAUCUGAGAUGAUGCAUAUAAUCAUAAGAACUCUAAUAAAUUACAAAGUUGUCUGUAAAAAUCAUAGCUUAAACAUGGAGUGUAUAUGUAAUUUUGUGGUGGUGUCGUAAGAAAGAUCUGUACAUUUGCUUGCUAUCUGUAAAAUUAGAGCUGAGCCGAGCCGAGCUGAGCUUUAUGAUUGAUAA